AUGUCAGCCGUCCACGGAAAACUGAGGGUAGGAGACCUAACUCAAUUCCAGAUGUACCCCGACGGACACAUGGAGAGGAAUAGCAUGCUGCAUUCAGGUUGGUUACAGCGUAAUUACGCUCACGUUAAGCGCAAUAUCUCUGUAAAUCUUACUGUCUUCCUUCGUUACAUUAUAUAUUAAUGCCAUCGUUCUUGGUUUGGACAGAUUAUGGUGCUGCGGAUAGGGAAAGCUACUUCAACUCUGCAAACUCCAUGGGACAGCGAGCGGACAGCAUGACCCAUCGAAGGAAGAGAACCAACUUCACCCAGCAGCAGAUUGGGGUGCUGGAGAAAGUAUACUCCGACACCAAAUACCCUGACAUAUACCUUCGCGAGAGACUGGAGGCUCUCACCGGCCUACCAGAGUCCAGAAUUCAGGUAAGGCACCAGAUUUACAAGUUGGCUAAAACACAAAAGUGAGUUUCCAUGAUAAAACUUGGCAAACUGCCAUGGGCAACAUUUUCUAGGCCUACCGACCCCAAAAAACAAACAUGACUUUAAAUGUGAAAAAAAAAACAUAGGCUCUAAUACGUUAUCUUCCACAGGUGUGGUUCCAGAACCGACGCGCAAAGUCCCGUCGCCAGGAAGGGUCGUCCUUGUCCAUGAAGCGCAACGGUUUUGCCGCCAACGCCCCCGUGGCCCCGUUCGCGCAACUCAAUCACCGAAUGCCCCAAGAGAUUCAGAGAAUGUUCAAUUUAGCACUGGGGGACAACCUCAGACCACCACUCCACACCCGGACGGAAGAAACGCACGCCAAGACAACACUACCCACGAAAACGGGUAACUACGAACACUCGACUAUCCCUUAUGUUUACGAUGCGUCCAUAAAUGGGAAUAGCAGAAAAGUUGAGCAAAUGAAACAAGACGAGUUGAGCGUUGCGGUUCCGUGCAACAACGUUCAUCCGUAUCACAAGGGAAAUGGACUUUACAUCAAGUCCCAAAGCAACAUAAGCUGUAGUGCAGGUCCAAAACAUGUCCUGGUUGAAUAUGACAACUUUCCCCCAAACAAGACCAUAGGUCCCGAGAUGAAAGUGGUGAUCCCUCCUAUUCCAUCACAGAACAACUUCGGCAGGUCCUCUCCAAAGCAAAUCGCGUGCCAAGUACAGCAUCCUCAAGUUAAGACCAGAUCUCAUAACUUCGGCCACUUCUCUCCCAUUCGUGCCAGCAAGGCUCAAGAGUUUUCUGAUUCGGAUUCAGAGUGGGAAAACGGUGCCAUGUCUGGCUUUGGUGACUUCAUGUGA